AUGAGUUUGGGAGCAGCAUGCAUAUUCGUCCGAGGGGCCAAGAUCGAACGCGAACUUGCAGAGGAUGAGAUAGAAGAGCUGCGGGAGGCGUUUGAGGAGUUCGAUAAGGAUAAGGACGGCCUGAUCAGCUGCAGGGAGCUGGGCAACCUGAUGAGGACGAUGGGAUACAUGCCCACCGAGAUGGAACUCAUAGAGCUGGGACAGAAUAUUAACAUGAACCUGGGAGGUCGUGUGGACUUUGAGGACUUUGUAGAGUUGAUGACCCCCAAGCUGCUGGAGGAGACAGCAGGCAUGAUCGGAGUCAAGGAACUGAAGGACGCCUUUAAAGAGUUUGACAUGGAUGGCGAUGGUGAGAUCACGACGGAGGAGCUGCGCAUGGCGAUGACCAAGCUGAUGGGCGGACACAUGAACCGCGCGGAGAUCGACGCCAUCGUACAGGAAGCUGACGACAACGGGGACGGAACUGUGGACUUCGAGGAAUUUGUCCGCAUGAUGUCUAACGCCUGA